AUGGCACUGUCACAGGUUCAGUGCCUUGAUGACAAUCACGUCAACUUGCGCACUAACGAGUCCAAGCCGGAGUUCCUUUACAGCGAGGAGCAGAGGAUCGCGCUGGAGACACUCAUUCAUGAUGGACAGAGCGCCUUCGAGGACUACAUCAAUACAAACAACAUCCGCUGCUUUCUGUCGGACCUUGAGCUUGAGAGGAUUCUCAGCACUGUGGAGGUGUAUUGCCCGGGUUCCCCCGAUAAUAAUGCUGAACUGUACGGGGAAAGUGAUGGGGAAGAGCUCUCCCUGCAGUACUGGCCCGACCGCUCGGACUGCUCGAUCCCUCAGCUGGACAUCGGGUGGCCGGACCGAGUGUCCUACCGCGGAGUGACGCGUGUGCAAGUGUACACUCAACCCCCUUAUGAGGGACAGUCACAUAUUAAAGAGGUCGUUAGAAAAAUGAUCGGCCAAGCACAGAAGGUUAUUGCAAUUGUCAUGGACUUGUUCACAGAUAUUGACAUAUUCAAAGAUCUACUGGAUGCAAGCUACAAGCGAAAGGUUGCUGUGUACAUUAUGCUGGAGGCCACUGGAGUGAAGCACUUUCUAAAAAUGUGUGAGAAAGCAGGCAUGCACACUGGACACCUCAAGAACUUGAGAGUGUGCAGCAUCAGAGGGGCACAAUUUUUCAGUCGAUCCUCAAAGAGAGUGUGUGGAUACCAAAGCCAGAAGUUCAUGUUUAUUGACGGAGACAAAGCAGUCUCAGGGUCAUAUAGUUUCACAUGGUCUUCCUCUAGACUGGACAGAAACCUCAUCACUGUUCUCACUGGCCAAGCAGUCGACACAUUUGACACAUUGUUUCAGGACAUGUAUGUGAUGUCUAAUGGAGUGUGCCUAAGCAAGAUUAAUCUGAGCAGUGAGCCUGAACCUGAGUUCCUCCCUCAGGUGGUACCCACUGUUCUUCCCUCAGCAACCAGGGCACUCAAGCUCAUUAACCCAAAAUACGCUCUGGUCUCCAACUGUGCUUUCACUACCAAUGGACCUGUAUCUGACCAGACAAGUGCCAAGAACAGCAUUUCCAAGAAUCAGACAGAAGUCAUCAAACAAAUCAAAGACACCCCAGUGAUGCCACCUGUUCACCCGGGACUUCUCAACCUGGAAAAGGCGAAUAUGAUCAAUUAUGUGCCGACCUGGCCUGAUCCUGACCCACCGAGUGAUGUCAUUGGUUUCAUUAACAUAAGAGACUCCAACAAGCCAUUGCAAGCUCACCUAAUGCGUUCAGAGCUCUUUGAAGUGUCUCAAGCCAUUCGAUUCAAGGAUCCUUUUCAUGAGCCAAAGGAGUCUUUAUCUCUGAGGGCUUGUCCUGGACCCAUAUCCCAAACUCCCUCUGAUCCUGAAGCUCCAGCUCAAAAACAAACAUUAGGAGAAGCGCAGAAGAAUUUUGAUCAAAAUCAGCAUCAAACAAGCAGCCCAGCCAACAAGCAGAGUGAGGAUCUUAUCUUGCCUUCGGAAAAGCCAGAAACACUGCAUGUGCUUGCCUGUAGUAAAGUUGAUAAAGAUGAACUAUGUGUAAUGGAAAAAGACACCUUUGACAUCUCUACAUCUCUGCAAAGUAAAAACAUUCACACUGAAAAAGACUUUCCCAAUGCAAUUCUCAGUGUGCCUUUUACUCAAGACGAUAGAGUCUCAGAUACAGAGCAAACCCUGGAAACUCCACAACCUCUGAAAUGUCCUACCCAAACCUCUGACAAUCUUGACAUUAAAUUAUCAUCAGCAAUGUACAACGAAACUCAUUGUGACUCAUUUGCAAUUCCAGACACAACUUUUGUUAAGCAAAGUCUUGAGGACCAAGUCUUAAUUGAUGUUGACACUCAAGAACACAAAGAUACAAAUCCAGAGACAAACCAAAAUGGCUGGAAUGGUACACAGAUGUCUAACUGUGACUCCAGCAUCUCUUCAUUGUCUGAUGUAUACUAUGAUUGUUUUAGCCCUGUUGCUGACUUAAGGUCUGUAGCAGAUUUUUUUGUGCCUGAAAAAACACAAGCAUCUUUGCAUAAUCCAAUCAAAAAUGGUCAUCAAGAACAGGAAGUUCCUCGUUCAAAUUCAUCCUCACCUCAAGAUCUGGAUUUGGAUAAUAAACAAACCUUGUUUACUCCAAAACUUUUGAAAACCUCUUGCAGUAUUGUCUUCAAUUUCUUAUCUACAGAGUUCAAAACAAAUACUGCACCUUCCGAAACCACCUUUGCCCAAGAAAGUGACAAAGGUAUCAUAAUAAAUGAUAGUAAGCUACCAGUCAAAGAUUUCUCACAGAUUCCAAAUGGUUGUUUCAACUUCUCUUCAACUUCUGAGGAAUAUUUUGAAUGCAGUGACACAGUGGGUUUGAAUUCAGAUAUUCAUUGUAUGGUUCAUGAGAAACCAAGCUCAGUUGAAAACUUCAACCUGGAUGAACCUCCACAACUACUGAAGCCCAUACUGGAAGCUGAGAAAUUUUCUAAGCUAAGCUGUCAGAACAUGAAUGAAAAGGAUGAACCUAAAAUGGAUUCUGGACAGGAGCAGCCUGAAUUUCAGCACAUACUAGAAAUAACAGCUGACAGUCACAUAGUUAAGGCAGUUUUAGGGUCUGAAGAUAAAACUCAAACUCAGCUGGAUGAAAAAGUUCACAGACACCAAGAACAAGUGUCUGGAGUUACAUCAGAGCCAGUAGUAGAGAUCAAAUCAAUGAGUAACUUUUCACAGGAACAUGAGAUAAGUGCUUCUCAGGAAAAUUUAGAGACACAGACCAAGGCAGAGUCUGUAGAGUUAUUUGAGAAAGUUGAAAAAGAGCCAAUGCAAGGCUUACAACUUAAUGUAAGUCUAGAUUUAAUAGAACCACUACAGGACUUACAAUCCGACAUACAGCUGGAUUUAAUAUGUAAGGGAAAGUCUGUACAGUUAGCGGAGAAAUAUUCAAAAACGCAACUUCAGGACUUAGACUCUAAGGUAAGUCAAAAUUUAAAAUGUCUGGGACAAUCUGUAAAGUUAGCUGAGAAAACUGCACAACUGCCACUGCAGGACUUACAAUCUGAGGUAACUGUAGAUUUAAUAUGUGAGGGAAUAUCUGUACAAUUACCUGAGACAACUACCAAACCGCCAAUACAGGACCCACAGUCAGAAAGUCCAGAUUUAAAAAUCAAACCUUCAGAAGUAAAUGCUAUCAACAAACUGUGUUUGGCAACAGGCAGUGAAUCUAGGAACUCAAUACUGCAAGAUAAAGCAGAAAUAACUUCUGUAUUUCGAGAGGAGUCUGAGAUAACAAAGUCUGUAGAGUUGCCUAAGACUGAGCAACUGCAAAAUCCAUUGACUUAUUUAGAUUCUGGAUCAAAUAAUCCACCCAACCUAAAAUCUGAAGAGCAUGUGAAUGAGCACUUAAGGGUGCAGAAUGAUGAGGUCAGUCCUGCAGUGUUAAAGAUAAACUCUGAGGAGCACAAUCCUCAAGAGAAACUGCCUGAACCGUUUGAAAGCAUUGAGCUGCUGAUAUUAGAGGAAUCAGACCAUUCUGAUAUCAUAAAACCAAGAGCUGCACUGAGAAAAGAAACAAAGGCAAGCAAAACUGAGCCUAUAGAACAGAAAACUACAAAAGAAAAUCAGCUGGGUCAUGAUGUUAACAGUAGGAAUAAGAAGGAAACAUGCCACCCAACAGCUUUGAUUGAGGAGAAACAAGAAGGGGAACAUAUUUGUACAAAUCAGAUGAACAAGAACCUGCCUGAGGCAAAAUCGAAGCUGGAGUGUCUGGUUAGAAAGCAACCACAUCAAACAUCAUCCAGAAUUCCUAUUCAAGCAAGAGGAGGGUUAACCAAGUUAACCAUCAGCAAAGCAGACACUAGCAAUCGCUCAUUUGGGCUUCGAGCUCCUAAGGCUGGAUUGCACAGCAAGCUGCCAUCACUUGGAAAACCACUAUGGCAGAAUAAGCCUAGCCUUACAUUAUUUCCAUCUCCUGAAAAGUUGUCCACAGGAGCAAUCGCUCCAGUAAGGUCAACACAAGUUCCUCAGAGACCGACAGUCCCCUCACCAAAUGGUCCCAUCUCUCCCCUAAAACAGCCUCAGGUCCAGCUGAUUGCACCUAGGAUCAGGCAGUCAGACCAGCCAAAUGUUUCCAGGAAACGUUCUGCAUCCCUUACAAAAUAUAGCUGCUCUUCUUCAGGAACUUUAUGUCCAGGACAAGUAAAGAAGAAGCAGGCGUUUAAAGGGUCUCCACCAAGCAACUAGAAUAAUGCAACAAAGUGCAGUUCGAAUUCUUUGUUGCAUACGGAUUUCAUAAAAGUAAUGAUGUGCAAUAGAAAUAAAAAAGCCACUGUGUUAUUUUAGUAUUUAAUGUUUUUAUUGAACUAUGUGAGUUGAUCUCACAUAAAACUGUUUUAUUCAUUCCAUUUAGCAAACAUAAUUUCACCUUUCUACAAUGCACUUAAGCUAACAGGGUUUUCCCUAUACAAACAAGUUCUUCUAAACUGAACGUUUUAUGUAAAUUGCAGACACAGACUUUUAGAUAAAGCUUUAUGAUUGUCCCUAAAGCUUUAUAUGUACUUUAUUUUUUCAAUCAGCUUAUUGUAAAUGAUCAAUUAUGGGCCUCAUUAAAUCAUCAUAUAUAGUUCACCAUUUGCAUUACAUGUUUUUUCCUGGUUCUUUUAUGGGCUGACUUUAGCUAAAUGGUAUACCAAAGGAAACACUGGAUAUGGGUGCUGUCUACUCAUUUAGAUCGAGGUCAGAAACUCCAGACUUUGUUUAGUUGAAGAUUAGAAACCCCCAGACUGUACACACAGACCUUCCAGGACAGAGUUCACUUGAUUACAGUUGGACUUUAUUCCUUUUUUUCAUUAUAUUAUAUUUUCCAUCCAGUUUGGUGGCUGCCUAUAGGGAGGAGGCUGCUGAACUCUCAGAAUGGUGUAUCAACAACAACCUGUCACUCAAUACCUCCAAGACAAAGGAGCUCAUUAUUAAUUUCCGGAACAAGAGGAGGAACCUGCCCCCCUGUUUAUCAGGGGAGUUAUGGUGGAGAGGGUGACCACCUUUAAAUUUCUUAAAUUUCCUAGGAACUCUCAUGGACUGUCAACACAUUUUCCCUGUUGAAGAAGGCACAGCAGUGACUGUAUUUCCUAAGGACAUUGAGGAAGAACAAACUGUCCCAGCAGCUGCUUGUGUCCUUCUACCAUUGCUUUGUUGAAAGUGUACUAACUUAUGGCAUCUUGGUGUGGUAUGCUGGUUGUACUGUGGCAGUGAGGAAAGCUCUGCAGAGAGUCAUCAACUCGGCCCAGAGAAUUAUAGGCUUACAUCUCCCUUCACUUGAGGAUGUUUACAGCACCAGAUGCCUACGGCGUGCCAGAAAUAUAAUAAAAGAUCCAUUUCACCCUGGCAAUCAUCUCUUCACUCUACUGCCAUCCGGAAGACAUUAUCGAUCUCUUAGGACAUGCACCUCCAGAUUCUUGAAUAGUUUCUACCCACGUGCCAUCAAGGAACUGAAUUCUAGUUAAAAAAUUGGAGGACUGUUUUUUUUCUUUUUUCUUUUAUCAAUCUAUGGUUUUGUGCAAUAAUGUUUUAAUUAAUAUAAUUUUUUUAUAUUGAUUAUAUUUUAUUUUAUUAUUUAAACUUUGUUCUUCUUGUCUAUAUUUUGUUUGUAUACAUGUUUUUAUGUUAAUGUGCCACUGAGGAGAAGCACAAAAUUUCGUUGCAUAGCUUUGCAAUGACAAAUAAAUUAUUGUAUUCUAUUCUA